ACGGGUGAACAGUGGGCAGGAAAGCAGCUCGUCGAGGCUGCCGUACUUGUUGAAGAAAAGUACUCCAACAAGUGUGUUGAACUGAGACCCGCCUCUGCCCUCUGACAGAUCAGCGGCAACACAGCGACACUCAGGCCCAAACAGCUGACGAACUUUUCAAGAUUCGCUCACCUCUACACUGGCUAAGGCGAAGUAGAGGUCAGGAGGCAGAGUCUUACUGGGUGUAAAUAAGGAAAUUAAAUCAACGGGAACAAGUGGGACAGCAGCAAGAGGAGGAGGAGGAGGAGGAAGAGGAAGCGGCAGAGGACAGUAUUUGAGUUCCUUGUCAAAAGGAAUCUAAAAGUAGCGCCGGCGGGAUGGCCAAGCUUUUGAACAUCCUCCUCCAGCGCUCCGACGACUCCAUCCCGUGGGGUUUCCGCAUCCUGGGAGGGGCAGACUUCCACAAACCUAUCACCAUCCAACGGGUGACUCCUGGGACUCCCGGGGCGCAGCACUUGGAUGUGGGCGACACCAUCAUUAUGAUCGAGGGCCACGACGCCCGCUCUCUCUGCCAUUUCGACGCCUACGAUCUCAUAAAGGGUGCUGGGAACAGCGUGGAGCUCACAGUGAGGAAGGGCUCAUCAAGACACUUGGUGGAGGAGAACUUAGCGCAUCAGGAGAAGCUAGAGCAACAAAUAGUGGAGGAACGACAGACGCGCGCAAGAGGCGUCCGUUCCCCCUCUCAAGCCUCGUCUUCUCAUUCACCCCACCGCUAUCCGUCACCCCUUCAGCUGAGUUCUCCCACUAGGGGGCUUACGUCUCCGUCACGCUUCUCAGAGUCACCCGUUAGGCAGGUCUCGCCGCCAAUACAGGUUGCCUCCCCGUCCUCUCAGUUUCCAUCGUCACCUGACAUGUCCUCUCCCAGCCACGCGCCGUCCUCCCCCACCUCCACCUCCUUCACCUCCGCCUACUCCAGUCCACCAGACCAGUUCUCGCCGCCUGCAUAUGUGACCUCACCGCCACACUUCCUUCUUCAUAAGUCACAUCUUUAUUUCCAGCCACAGUCACCACAGCCACAUCCACAGCUACAGUCGCCGUACCCACAGCCACAGCCACAGCCACACCAACACCCACACCCACACCCACAAUCUCCACAUCCGCAGCUAAAGCCACAGCCUCAGUCACAACCGCAAACGCAGCCACAACUACAGUCACCCAAUCCACAGCUACAGUCUCCGCAGCCACAGCAACAGCCUCAGCCACAGCCACAGAUACAGUCACCGCGUCCACAGCCACAGCAACAGCCACAGAUACAAUCACCUCGACCACAGCCACAACAACAGUCACAGAUUCAAUCCCCACGCCCACAGCCACAGCAACAGUCACAGAUACAAUCCCCACGCCCACAGCCACAGCAACAGCCACAGAUACAAUCCCCACGCCCACAGCCACAGCAACAGCCACAACAACAGUCCCAGAUACAAUCCCCACGCCCACAGCCACAACAACAGCCACAAAUACAAUCACCGCGCCCACAGCCACAGCAACACCCACAACAACAGCCACAGAUACAAUCCCCUCGACCACAGCCACAGCACCAGCCACAACAACAGUCACAGAUACAAUCCCCGCGCCCACAGCCACAGCAACAAUCACAGAUACAAUCCCCACGCCUACAGCCACAGCAACAGUCACAAAUACAAUCACCUCGCCCACAGCCACAGCAACAAUCACAGAUACAAUCCCCACGCCCACAGCUACAGUCUCCACAGCCACAGUUGCAUCCACGGUCGCGGGCGUCGCCACACUUGAAGCCCCUGCCAAAAACACAAAUACCACCACAGCCGGAACCACUGGAGGAAGAGAGUGAGGAGGAGGAGGAGGAGGAGGAGGAAGAGCCACUGUCGCCAAGUUUCAACUCUCAUCACCUGUCCUCUAAGCUCCAGCAGCUACAAUUUCAGCAGGGCACGCAGAUGCAUUCAGUAAGUCAGUCAACCUUUCAAACUUACCAGCAGACAACCUAUCAAGACAGGCAAACAACACACACCGUACAGAGCUCCCAGUCCUCCUCCCAACUCCCACCAGCCUCUGGAACACCCAAAGAAGAGUCGGUGGAGGUUCAGGAUCCACAGCUGUUGACUGAAGAGCAAAAGAGAAGACAGCUUCAGCAGCUCAUUUUGGAAAAGCGACGGUUGGAGGAACUAAUGAUGAUUGCUAAAAGAAGGGAAUCGACCCCAACCCGCCAGUCACCCGUUCCACGGCAGUCAUCGGUCCCCCGGCAGUCUCCGUUUUCUCCUCUUUCUCCAAUUCCCCGGCAGUUCUCCUUUUUCCCACAGUCCCCUGUUCCCCAACACUCUGCCGCCUCCUUCCAAUCACCCAUUUCUCGCCAAAUACCGAUUCUACCUCAGUCUCCGGUUUCGCACGAGUCUGUUGUCCCCGGCACAGAGGAGGAAACUGGAGCUGUAGCCGGACAGGCACAGAACCCUGGGCUGGGCCAGCCGACAAUACCAGUCAGUCUGACACGACAGACGGAAACGGUGACCAGAGAAUCGUCAUUGUCUCUUCAAAUUUCAACUGUCCAAGCGAUGGACAAAAAUGGUAAGAAGGAAGUGCAACCAGUCGAAGAUAGAAAGGACGAAGAAAGACUAAGGGAGGAAAAUAGACUCCGUGAUGAAGAGAUCAGGAAAAUGCAAGAAAGAAAGUUAGAGGAAAAGAGAAAGAGAAGUGCCGCCAGAAGAACCGGAAGUCAGUCCUCCUCUGAAGGGCAAAACAGAGCCUCCCGUGAGUCUCGGCGUCUCAAGGCAGAGGAAAAGGCGAAGAGACGAGCAGAAAGUGGCGAGGAGGGAGAACCACCCUUUGUGGAAGAGGCGAAGAUGGCGACGACCGAACAGAAGAAGAGGGAGCAACGUGCUCACACAGAGAAGAAAAAACAGGAGGCUAGGAAGAAAAUAGAAGAACAAAAGAGGAAGGAGGAGGACAGGUCGAGAGGCCUUGAGGAACAGAAGAGGCAGAUCGAGCGAAUUGCUGAGCAGGAGAGGAAGAAAUUCGAAGAGAAACUGAGGCAGGAAGAAAAGAGAAAGAUUCAAGAGCAAUUCAGAAGAGACCAGCUGAGGAUACAAGAGGAGAUGAGACGAAGAGAAGAGAGGAAACAGGAGGAAAAGAGAAAGAAGGAACUAGAGGAACAGAGAAAGAAAGAAGAACAAAAGAGAUUAGAGGAAGAGAAAAUGAAAGAAGAGAGGAGGAAAGAGGAUGAAAUGAGAGCUGCGGAACUCAGAAGAAAACUAGAACAAGCAAAGCGGAGAGAAGAAGAGAAGAGACUUGAGGAACAGAGAUGGAGGGAAGAACAGAUGAGGAUUGAAGAAGAAAGAAGAAAGGAGGAAGAAAGGAAAAUAGAGGAAAUGAGGAAAGAAGAGGAGAGAAGAAUAAAUGAGGAGAGAAGGAAAGAAGAGGAAAGAAGAGAAGAGGAGAGGAGGAGGGAGGAGGAAAGAAGAAUAGAAGAGAGAAGGAGAGAAGAGGAGAGAAGGAGAGAAGAAGAAAGGAGAAAAGAGGAAGAGAUAAGGAAAGAAGAAGAAAGAAGAAAGGAAGAACAAAGGAGGGAGGAAGAAAGGAGAAAAGAAGAACAAAGGAGGAAAGAGGAAGAAAGAAAAAAGGAAGAAAGGAAGAAAGAGGAAGAAAGGAGAAAAGAAGAACAAAGGAUAAGAGAAGAGGAGAGGAGGAGAGAAGAGGAGAGGAGAAAAGAAGAGGAAAGGAAAAGGAAAGAAGAAGAGAAAAGAAAAAUGGAGGAAAAGAGAAAAGAAGAAGAAAAAAGGAAAGAACAACAGAGAAAGGAAGAGGAAAAGAGAGAAGCAAUAAGGAGGCUAACAGAGCUGAAAAGAGAGGAAGAGCAAAGGGAAGAAGAGAGGCGGUUACAGGAGAUAAUACGACAGCAGGAAGAAAGCCUCAGAGACGAAGGCAGGAGGUUGGAGGAACGAAGACAGCAGGAGCAAAGGGCGGAGGCAACCCAGCAGCAGCAGCAGCAGCAGCAGGGGGCUAGGGCACGCUGGGGGCAGCAGGAGAGGGUGGCGGGCAGUCAGCAGGAGGCGAGCAAGACGCAAGAGGAGAUAGAGGAGCUGAAGCGGAUGGAGGAAAUGAAGCAGCAGGAAGAGGAGAGGAUGAAGCAGGAAGCUGAGGCGUACGAGAACUACCGCCGCCACCUGGAGGAGAAGAAACGCUCCCAUUAUUAUGACUCCGACGACUACGCUUCCGAGUGGGACAGCGUGCCGGAGGAGGAGGAAGAGUCACCCGUUCAGGAGAAAUUCACGGAACUCCGAGCCCAGAGUGAGGAGGAGCUUUAUGACGCACAGGAGAAGUCCAUCCGUAACCUGGAGCGACAAAUCCGCAAACAGAGUGAACGGGAGAGGCGGCGACGGUCUGCCGAGCGCACUCUGUCGGACUCAGAGCAGUAUCGUCAGCCCUCACAGGUGUUUCACUUAAAGCAUCUGCAGCAGCAACUCCAGCCGCCACCCUCAGUGCCGCAGCAACAACAGAAGUCACCAAAGAGUAGAGGUGAUCAGGGCGCGUCAGUGAGGGGUCAUUCCUCCAGCACAGGAGACCUGCGAUCCAAGACCCUGCCGGUGACAAAGUUCAGUCCAGACCCCAUGGAGUUCGGGUUCCGACCCAUCGAUAAGCCACAAGGCAAACUGUCCAAGUCCACGGGCAACCUGAGUGGUGGGCCGUCGGCGGUAGCGGCUGCGGCCGUGGCAGGAGCAGAGGCUGGGGCCGUGGCGCUGACGGAGACCACCAGGGAGACAGGCGGGGCGUGGUCAUUGCCUCAUUGUCUCUCUAGUAGCCUCGGAGACCUGCAGCAGGUAUCCUCGAAACCGCCUCUGCCUUCAAGCAGGACCCGCGCCAGGUUGAGGCACGCCACGAGUGAGGAGACUCUCUCACGCCCGCAAGCCACCCGCUCGCUCCCGGCGGAGGAGAGCCCUGGUUACGUCUCGGAGGGGGAACUGCCCUCGGAGGACCAGCGGCGCCACACCUACGCCGCAGGGGAGGGCGGGGAGGCGUACCUGGAAGAUCCCAGCCAAUAUGAACUGGAUCCCAUCGACUACACUCGCCUCCUGAAUGAAUACUACGCCGCCUACUACGAGGCCUACUACCAGAGCUACUUCAGGCGCCAGCAAAGCCAACUGAAGGGCGGCGGCAUGAACACAGCGGGAACCUCACUACCACCACCACCACCACCACCCAUCCCCACCGUCCUCCCCUCUUCCCGUCUCCCCACUGAGAUACCGGCAAGAGCCCCUCCAGUCAUGAACCCACCGGCAGCCCUCGCAGGAGCAAUGAUGAAGGACAAGAAGCCCUUCACCUACACCCCGGGAGGGAUCGACCUGUCUGAGAUUAACGCGUUCCCAAGGUUCAUUCAGAAAAAAAUGUCGGACUCAAUAACACCAAGGACAGCUCAUUCUAGCUCUCCCAAUCAAAAUGGCAGCGACCAUGGGGAGUCAAUGGCACCUGUGCAGUCCCGUUCCUUCCGUGUUCUGCAGAAUGUCCUCAGCAACCAGGAUGUGGCAGAUGUUCCCUCUAAUGGCAUACCAAUGAGAGUAGAGGUUCCCCUUGGAUCAGGCAGUCCCUCCACUCAACCACGAGGAGCCCAGAUAAAUUCUGGAAAUAAGGCCAGUCCACAAAGAGGCUCCCUUUCACAGCCCAGCAGUAGCCAGAGGGGUCCUGUGUCCCUUGCUAACAUGGGGCAGAGAGGCUCAAUCAGUAGUGCUGGCAAUCCCAUCAGUCAGCUCAAGAGCAAUUCAGAUCAGCAACAGAACUGUACUUUUAAAGUGAUUCCCAUUCAGCAGGAGGUCAAAAUCACCCCUAAAAUGGGAGGAUUUAAGACUAAUAACUCAAAUGGCAAUGAGUUGUCAAGCAUUUUUAGAAAUCAAGUGCAAGUGUCCACGGACAGUGAUGAGGCCCGCAGCCGAGGAGGCUACUUCCCACAGAGGACUGUGGUGGUUACUCAGUGUGGUUCUGAUGAUGAAACCUCCAAUUAUAUGCGACAGACAAAGCAACAAUCUUAUGGUCCUGUGCAGCAAGAAGAGACUCAGCAAAGUAGUCCAAAGCAACUGAUGCAGCAGAGUUAUAAGAGUGUGCAGAGUGAAGGACACCCCAAGAGUCCUCACCAUAAGCACUCACAGCAAAGUGAUAUGCCUAACUCAUCAAGAUUUUUCCGUAUGCUGCAGACAAUCACUGAUACUUUGCCAGAUGGAGCUGAGCCACAGGGACCUGUCCACAUUCCCAACUUACGUCAGCAACAGAAGCCAAGUCCUCUGCAGCAGCCAGUUCAGUAUCAGCCCCCAACCCAUUAUCAGCCAACUACACUUUACCAGCAGCCAGGUGGUGUGACCAGCUCUGCCCCAACUGAGGAUGCCCCACCUGAGCCCAAAAAGUACAUGGGAGGAAGCAUCCCCUCGCGAUCCUUCAAGAUGCUGCAAGCUUUGACGUCUACAGAUGAUGCAUCAGACAACGGAGUUCCUGCCAAUGGGUCAGAAGCCUCCCACCCAACUGACAGCGACACACAGCAUGCAGGCAGUCAGAUCCCUUCUCCUGCCUGGAAAACCCACAUUCAGAGCUCCCCAUCACCCCUAUCCCCAUCCUCUACUCCCACCACAACAAAUGACAGUUCCUCAGAUAGUGGGAUUUUUUCUCCCUCCAAAGUGUCUCCAUCUUACACUACCACUGAAGACAGUAAAGUAUACAGACAUGUUUCUCCCAAAGUCACCACCAUCAAAACAAAGCAGGAGCAUGUUGUCAACCCAGCUCUUAGUCAAAAGAAGGAACCAUCAUCUUCAUUUUCUCAGAAUGUUACCUCUCCUACUUGGAAAAAUAGUCAUACACCAAAAUUUUUCUCCUCACACCCAACACCAACUGUAGUCAAAUCACAUGAAUCAAAUGGUCAGGAUUCAAGGCAAGAAUCUCCAAGACUCAUGAAGAUUAUGAGACAGGAAUCGUCAAGCUCCCAGAACAGUCAGGAAGGAACUGAAGUACGUUAUGAAGGUGGGCACAUUCCUUCACGUGUGUUCCGGCACCUGCAGACUGAAUAUCCAGACUCACCAGCUGAUAAUCAUAUGAUGAAACCUCAAGGAAACUCUAAUGUACAGUCACCACAUAUUGAGGUCAAGGGAAUUCCCUCAAGAGUUGUAAAGUCUCAUCAGACCAGUGGUCUUGAAUCAGAUAAAUCAAGUUCCUAUGGAGAACUUGACUAUCACUGUAAUGGAGUGUCCACAACAGCUGCACACAAAGAUACUGUACUGAAGGAACUCACUUCUCAGUUUGGAAGCAUGGGCAUCAGGAAGAAGCCCAGAGCUGCACCAGGAAGAGUGUUCCGACACCUCCAAGACCAAUAUGACACACCAGAGGAUGACCACCAGCAGGAAGUCCCUCAACAAGAAACUGAGGACAUACCCAGCUUUGGAUAUCGAGGAUCAAAGCUGCCUUCACCAUCUUUUAGAUUUCUACAGAAUCAGUAUCAUCAACAAGAAAGGCCAGAGGAGACUUUCUGUGAGGAGGAACAAAUUCACAAUGCUCCAGAGUACGAGCAAGAGCCGUUGCCUUAUCAAGGGGCACGUCUUCCAGGCCGCACAUUUAAGUCUCUACAGGAUAAUAUGGGUGCACACCCUUCAGUCAUCAAUCCAAGGAAGUGAGGAUUAAUUACAUUUAAAGAAGAUAAGUAAUCCUGAUCUAUUGACAUAGACAGGUUGUCACAAGAAUGCCUAUAUAAAGUAUAGGUUGUAUAAUUCAUGUUUUGGUUCAUUCUUCAUUCAACAGAAACCAAUUUAUGAGGUAGCAUUAUACAAGCUUAUCAUAAUAGCUAUAUCAUAUUAUGAUAUCUCAGUACUAGCUUUAGCAUCAAAGUACAUAAUUAAUAUAUUUAAAUACAUGCAUAUACAUAUAUUUUGUGAUUCUGAAUACUACAUAUAGCUCAUAUAUAUAUAUAUAUAUAUAUAUAUAUAUAUAUAUAUAUAUAUAUAUAUAUAUAUAUAUAUAUAUAUAUAUAUAUAUAUAUAUAUAUAUAUAUAUAUAUAUAUAUACACACACACACACACAAAACAUGUCCAUUAGUGGCAUCUACUAGACUUUAGUCUGUAGAUUAUUAAGUUGCUGAGAUAUACUCAUCUCUCUUAUUUUAAGAACAGCAUCACCACCAGACUAUUUUUAAAAUUGCUUUUUUUGCAAAAAAUUGUGUUGAUCCUGAAUUGUGAUAUUAGUCCAGUACCUACACAUAAUACAGUAGUAUAAUCUUGUUCAUUGUGUCCCAUAACCAAAAGAUAUUAUAUUUGUAGGAGUAUUAAUUGCUCUUAUUUUUAUAACAUGUUAGAUAUGGAUUACAAAAAAAUAUAAGUAAUUGAUUUGGUUCCUCAGUAUCACUGUUGUCAGCACACACACACACACACACACACACUGCGUGGUGUAGUGGUUAGCACACUUGGCUCACAACCAAGAAGGCCCGGAUUUGAAUCUUGGGCUCGACAAGGCAAGUGGGCCUCUUAAUGUGUAGCCCCUGUUCACCUAGCAGCAAGUAGGUAUGGGACGUAACCCAAGGGGUUGUGACCUCACUGUCCCGGUGUGUGUCAUGUGAGUGGUCUCAGUCCUACCCAAAGAUCGGUCACUAUGAACUCUGAGCUCUUUCCGUAUGGGAAUGGCUGGCUGGGUGACCAGCAGACAACCAUAGGUGAAUCACACGCAUACACACACACACACACACACACACACACACACACACACACACACACAAUCCUCAUUCCAAAAGUUCUACUUAAUCCUUCAUGGUAUCUUAUGUUCUGUUUUGUUGUUUUGUUUUAAUAAGGUAGAGGAUAAGGAUACUGAGUGUGUACUUCAGUUUUUAUGCAUUUGAUUAAAACAAUUCAAUAGUUUUAUUUCAUGAAAAUUUUGUUGAUCAUAUUGUCAGCAGUUAUUGGAUCAUUAGAUUUUGAGUUAUGUAUAUGAUGCAUUCAAAUUAUUAAGUACUCAGUGCUGCAUUAAGCAUACUAGUAGGUAUAUACACACAAUAGUUCUGCCACACUCAUGUGGUGGAAUCAAGAUACUAUAAUAAGUAACACAUAAAUUUUGAAGGACACCAAAAAAUAUCAACACAAAAUACAGAAAGUCUGAGACCAUCCUGCCACAAACUGAAGUAAUAUGUACAUAAGUUAAGACCUGAGGAUGUAGCUCAUAGAGUAGUGGCAUAAUUAGUCACUUGUAUUUGUACUGCCGUAUUUAAGACCAGUGAAAAAAUGUUUUGCUUCAUAGUCAUGUUAAAAGCCAUACAGUAUGUACAUGCAUCAUUUCCCUGUGUGUGACAUGACUCCUGAUUUGCCAUGCUCUAUUCAUAGAUGAAAAGAGUAAAGCACCUUUUUAUUUAUAUUGUUUGUCUUCAUGCAAAAAUUAGGAAAAUUAUUUUAUUUGGAUAUCUUGUUGUUUGUUUAUGUGUUUAGUUUUCAUAUUCACAAAAAAGCAGUCCAUGUAUGUACCAAAUUCUCCUCAUCAUGAGGACACUGCAGACCCUUUGAUCCCUGUAGCCCCAGCACAACCUCUCCUGCUCCUACCACACCCAUCCUUCGCUGAUUCAUCCUAGUGUUGUCUUCCCAUUUGGCUUGCUUGUGGUGUUAAGGAUGUUGCUUUGUUGCAGGUCCAGGCCAGAGUGACUUGUAAAAAAAAGCUUUCAACAGGAAAAGUCAUGAACGAAACACAAGUAACUAUGAUGAUUUUCCUGCAAAUCGGGAUAGCUCCAUGCUUCAUGUAGAGUAUACAGUUAUUGAUUAUAUUUUUGACUUGCACAGGUGAAAGCUCACCUAGGGAUAAGGAUGAAGGUGAAGAUAAGCAUUAAGCAUUGUUUGUGCCUUUUUAAAAGUGCAAAAUGCAUAUAAAUGCACACAGUGAAAGAAUAAUAUUGUUCCCUAAAGGUUUUCAUAUUUUUGAUAACUUGCACUUUGUGAUAAUUUUGUAUCACAAUAGUGUUAAGGUAUUAUGUUGCAUACUGUGGAGACAGACAGGUAAUCUGAUAAAGACAAUGCCUUAUUUUUUUAAAUUUAUUUAUUAUUAUUAUUAUUAUUAUUAUUAUUAUUAUUAUUAUUAUUUAUUUAUUUAUUUAUUUAUUUAUUUAUUUAUUUAUUUAUUUAUUUUAUUUUAUUUUUAUUUUUUGCAUAUAUCACAAAUGUGUCAGUCUGGUGAAGGGGGAAACUGAGGCUCAUGAUGCUUCACACUGGGGUUGUGAUUUUGCAGUGUUCUAUGUACUCCCUUUUCUCUGCUCUUUUUCAUGCUCUUCACUCAUAUUUAACAUAAUUCCAUCAUUCAUUAUGUUUAUAGAGAAUAGAAAUUCAGUUUAAAGUACUAAUUUUCGAGUUCAUGACCCAUACUUUGAAUGAAGUCUAGUGGUGGUGUCUGCUGAGUGAGCCUAAUGCCUUCAUUUUGAUAGCAUUUUGUAGUUCCUGCUCAUGUGAUUAAUCUUAAUGUUCAUUUGCAUCAUUCUUGAUGUAGCUCUUAUGCAGUCAAUAUCAUGGGAAAGAUGAACUUUUCACAUAGCUUAUAUUUUUCUUGACUGGUAAUGAAAUAUUGGGGAUAUUUAAAUGUGAUAUUUUAAUGUGCUGUGGAUGUCCUAGUGUGGCAUUGUGUAAUAUGGUACCAGUUUUGCACCAUUGCAGUAAUGGUUUUAGUUUAUUGUGAAGGUCUUCUUUCCUACUCAACUGUACGAAUGUUUGUGCUGCUUUUAACUGAUACUGGAGUGUUUGUAGGCUUUUGCAGGGAAAAUUAAUGUCAUCAUAGACUAGGCAUCAAUUCUGGUUUACAUGUAAUUCUGUUUUGUAUCUGGAAUGAAAUAAAUAGCCAUAACUUU